UCAAGAAACUCUACAGAAACUAAAGAAAAUUGAAAUCAAAAUCGACCUUGAUGACUAUAUCAAUAAACAGAUAAUCACUGCCUAUACUCAAUUAGUGAGUAAAUAUCCGAAAAUUGAAAUUAAUAAAAUAGAAGUUAACUUACGAAGUGAGGAUGAUAUUGCAUCUCAAAUUAUAAAAGAUAUAUUUGAUGAAGACUAG